UUUCCGUCGUACAGUUGAAUAUGAACGGCCAACUGGCUGUCCCACUUCAGCUGUUCGAAUUUUUUAGAGAGGAGAAGGUAGAGGUACUUCUUUUACAGGAGCCACCAUUAGAGUCAGGUAGGUUACACGGCUUCGACUUCUAGGGGGUCAUGGCAAACGGGAGGGACAAGGCAGAGGCGUCAAUUGUUAUCCUUAGCGACGACAUUGAAGUCAUGGCCAUUAGGGAACUCACGGAUAGGUACAUCGCGGUGGCUACGAUUAGGAAGAAAGGGGGCAAGGAGAUCACUAUGAUUUCGGCGUACUUUAAGUACAGCAUUCCGGUUAGGUUCUUUACAGAAAGGGCACAUUCUUGGCAGGAUCGGGGAGGACGUGGUAAUAGGUGCCGACGUCAACGCACAAGCAGAAUCCUGGCACAGUAGGAAGGGGAACCACAACGGGUGGGCUAGGGGGACCAAGGUGGCAAAGUCCACAACAUGUGCGUAAAACCCCAAAGGCGACUCGUGGUCCCGGCUCCUCAAGGAGCCGGAACUGAUUAUACAGUACCUGGAGAAGAGAAUGGAAUGUGGAAUGACGGCGGCCACCCAAGUGGCCUACUUCAAGGUUAUCCGCAAGUGUUCCUGAAGGCCACGACGAUAUUCAUAUACCGUGACUCCUCCUUUCCCCGCGACCAGUCCGGAGUGGGGCCUGAUUCCGGACUAGUGGACCGCAUGACGUACAGCAUGCACGUACGAGUGUCCACUACAAAGGCGCGGGGAAGAUCACUACCCAGGAGAUCUUCAAUCGGAAAACGGAGGAGGCCAGGAACACGGUCGAGAUGUCGGCCAUUUACGGGCUGGUCGCCAAAAUGCGCGCCGUGUUGUCGGAGAAGCUCGGCGCGCUUGAAGAACACUUCAGCAAGUGCUCCGCCAAGGUGGACGUCGCAGCGAGGGUUGUCGACGGGAGAAAGACCAACGUGAAGAUCUCCAAGUUGUGGCGUCAGGUGACCACCUCCCUGUGCGCGAUCAUCAUCUUCGACGGCAAGCACCGGGUGGGGGUGGUCCAGCAUCUGAUGGUGGCGGAGUACCUGGCCGCCCAGAGAAACGAAGAGGGGACGUUCGUCAUUUGGGUGGCCAAACAUAAGCUUGGGGACAAACGGCCGGCCAUCGUUGUCCUCGAUGCGGCUACCGCCGAGUUCGUGGACCGUUACUACUUGCUACGCCGCAAGGUGGAUAACGUGGCCGUCGACAAUUUCUUCGUCACCAACACCGGGCAUGAGGUCAACAAGAUCUUUGACCUCCUAACCACCGCCAUCCGGGAGAAGGACUUCCGGUACCCAGACGGCGAUUUAGUGAAAGUGUCCGGUGGUUGGCUGCGAAAUCAGCUGGAGACGUCGGCGGUCGAUCACGGACCGGCGGUGGCGGGCCAGGUUGCUGCAGCGCUGCAGCACACGGAGGACACCGCACGGAGACACUACCAGAUGGGCAGCUCGACCACGGCCAUCCGUCAGCACCAGGCGGUGGUCGCGGUCGAGCAGUUAAAGCUAAUGGACGAGUUCAUCUGCGCCGAGUAGCGCUACGGUCGUUCGAGAUCGACGACGGAUUUCUAAUAAUUUUUUUCGUUUCACUUGCAGUCUGGAAAUGUUCUUCGUGGGGGAAGCCAAGAAUAAACCGCAGGCGUACGAGGAGUUCCGGGCACAGCUGCAUGAAAAACAUUAAAUGCAGAACAUGUUCCCGGGCGCAACGCUGACCCGGAACUUCUACAGCAUGAUAAUCGAACGGUGGACGAUGAAUCUGGCCGACUCCAUCGCCAGGGAAGUUGUCCGCCACUGCUGGCGGGAGAAGUUCAGAGCACCCCUCGGUGUGGUGCAGCUAACCCACGUGGCGCGCGAUCUGGGGUGCACCUGGUGGACGAAGAAUGAAUUUACCAGUCAGGUUGUAGCGCCGCGUAAACGGACUGCUGCAACAGUUGUAAAUAUUUAAUUUGUAAAUAUGUAAAUAA